CGCAACUAAGCCAAAAUUAAAAGUAAAAAAAUGGAAAAAGCAAUGCCGUUCUCCUAAUUAUUUUCGCUUCAUUUGUAUAUAACUCCGCCUAGAGCUAGAGAUCACAACUCACGAGCUACGACGUCGUUUUAAAAUUCCAAAUUCUUCAAAAUCGCAAUCAUCUUUGUAUCGUCUUCUACAGAUCCCUGAUUCACUUCGAAAUCCUUCCACCGUCGACGAUGGCCAAAACGGCAUCCGCCGCCGCCGUCUUCCUCCUCCUCCUCCUCUUCCUCGCCACCCCCUCCACGGCGGAGAUCAAGUCCCUCACCAUAACCUCCGACACCCGCCCCAUGAUCCUCUUCGAGCAAUUCGGAUUCACACACACCGGCCACGUCUCCAUCGCCGUCUCGGAGGUCUCGGUGGCGGCCUCCGCCUCCGCCUCCCAACCCGACCCCUCCCGCCUAGGGUUCUUCCUCCUCAGCGAGGAGUCGCUCAUCCAAGUCGCGAUUGAGAUCCAGCAAAACCCUUCCUUCUGCGUCCUCGAUUCACACUACAUCACCCACCUCUUCACCUUCCGCGACCUCUCGCCGCCGCCAUCGGCGUCGUUCAACCGCUCCUACCCCGUCACCUUCCCCAACGAGUUCAGCCUCUUCUUCGCCAAUUGCGCUCCGGACACCUCCGUCUCCAUGGCCGUCCGCACCGAGCUUUACAACCUCGACAAUGACGGCUCCCGCGACUACCUCUCCGCCGGGGUAACCCGCCUGCCUACACUCUUCUCCGUGUUCUCCCUCGCCUACCUCGCCUUCUUCGCUAUCUGGGUCUACAUCUGCUACACCAACCGCCGCUCCUUCCACCGCAUCCACCUCCUCAUGGCCGCGCUCCUCCUCAUGAAGGCACUCAAUCUCAUCUGCGCCGCGGAGGACAAGCACUAUGUGAAAGUCACCGGCACCCCUCACGGCUGGGACGUCCUCUUCUACAUCUUCCAGCUCAUCCGCGUCGUGCUUCUCUUCACCGUCAUUGUCCUCAUCGGCACCGGCUGGUCCUUCCUCAAGCCAUUCCUUCAGGAGAAGGAGAAGAAGGUCCUCAUGGUUGUCAUCCCCCUGCAGGUUCUCGCCAAUCUCGCCUCCGUCGUCAUUGGCGAGACUGGACCCUUCAUCAAGGAUUGGGUCACCUGGAACCAGGUUUUCCUUCUGGUUGAUGUCAUUUGUUGCUGUGCUAUCAUCUUCCCCAUUGUUUGGUCCAUUAGGUCCCUCAGGGAAACUUCCAAGACUGAUGGCAAAGCUGCUAGGAACUUGGCCAAGUUAACCCUCUUCAGGCAAUUCUAUAUUGUUGUCAUUGGCUACUUGUAUUUCACUCGCAUUAUUGUCUUUGCCCUCAAAACUAUCACGGCUUAUAAGUACCGGUGGGUCAGUAAUUUCGCCGAGGAGGCUGCUAGUCUUGCCUUUUAUGUUGUCAUGUUCUACAUGUUUCAACCGGUGGAGAAGAAUGAGUAUUUCGUGCUCGACGAGGAGGAAGAAGAGGCGGCAGAGCUCGCGCUCAGGGAAGAAGAAUUUGAGCUUUGAAAGAAUUUCAGCUCACCCUCUUUGUCAACCACAGCCUUAAAUGCGUGAAUGGAGAGAAGUGAAGCAACUAGCUGUCGCUUAUGAUGUAAUGUGGGUAGGAGUUCGUCAGCCUUAGACGCUCAAAUCUAGAAUUUAGCUUUUGUUUCGAAACACAAGCUAAAUUCUAGAAGUUAAUUGAUGCAACCCACCAGUAUAUGGUUUUUGAAAGCAUGCAAUACACUUUAUAGUUAUACGCGAUGGUAGUACACAUGAUUACUCUAAGUAUGAAAACCCGUGUGGACUAUUUCAUGCAUCUAUAUUCUUUUGGUUUUAAAGUCAA